AUGUCUCAACGCAAAUUCAAAUUCCAAGGGCCUGAUCCGGCGUACAUCCAAUACCUUGAGGAGCAGGUGGAACACCUGAUCAACUUGAUCAGUGCACAGCCAUACCCAAGUCCUGACCAGGCAAGCCUUUGCAAGCCUGUUCCCUCCAACACCGAAGGGCCAGUCGCAUGUGGAAUUCAGAUUGUCGAAUACACACCUCCGUGCAUUCCCACUCCGGCGCAUACGGGCGAGGAGAAGAUACCGAAAUGGAAGAACCAGCUAAAUGUCUUCGUGGAAGGGGUUCUGGCCGCAACGCAGUUACAGAGAGCUCGACAGUUGGCAGGUAUUGAUACUCCAGUGCGGAACCAGAUGGCUCUGAAAUUAAUUCUGGGACAUGGCGGUGUCCCCAUUUUUCCUGAAGAAUCGGGGACCACCGCGCUUCCGCCGAUCCUUCCCACCGAGCGCCCUGAGCUUGUCGUACAGGGGUGUCUAUACGGCAAGUUCAUUGCCCGGUGUGCGAAGGACCAGAAAUUCACAACACGGGUGGUUGACUUUCAAAAGCUAGUAUUCUGCUCCUUCUGUGUGGUCAUGGUGGGUGCGGGGGUGUCCAAGAAGGCAACCAACGAUAUGAUGAGACGGUAUCUCGACGAGACGAAAGAGGAUCUGACCUUGGAAAAAUAUCGGCAUGGCGCCGUCUGGGCCAAUCGAUGCAUGGCAGCCCUUCUGGAGAAUGGAUGGGGAUGUGAGGCCUGGGAAUUCUUCCUUCUUGAGAGUCGGGGUCCGGCACAAUUUAGUCGAUUUGCAGCCAACGAUACGGACAGUUACAAGAUCGUGGCCAACAAGCUGGGAGCGCCAGAGAUGGCACACUGGGAACCUGGGUGGAUCCCAUACUGCCUUCCCUGUAUCGUGCACUACUUGACAGGAUAUACAAUUCCACUGGCACGCAUCUGCAUAGCUCUAGGUUACGGACCGAUCCCGUUUUCCAAGGUGCAGCUCCUCUCCGGGCCAUUCACACAAUCUUUGAAUCCUUUAUUCAGUGCGGAGGAAGCACCAGGCGUUGUGCCUAUCGAACAACAAGAUACGGAUCUAUUUCUCCUCGCUGGAAUUUCUUGA